ACUGCACGGUUCGGCUUUGUAUGGACGUGGUGGGGGAUUUUUGACAGCGGCAGCGCUGUUGGGAAACAGACAGGGACGUGAGGUCUGGGUCGGCGUCACUUCUCUUCCCCUCUUCUCUCCUUCUCCCCAUCUGCCACCGACCGCUUCUCGAAGAUUUCCGGGGACAUGGCGACUUGGUAUCGGGCUAUUUAUUGGAAGUUUGAUGAGUGAGAGUGCCGGCAGCCUGCUCCGCCACCGCAAUGGUCGACAUGGAGAGCCGCUACCAUCCCCCUUCUCCGUUGGAGGACUCGGUGUUGCACAGCCCCCUGUGCACCGGUGAUGACUUCAUGGAUGGGAUGGAGGACCUCCAGGACAUUUCGCAGUCCAUUGAUAAUGAUGCUCUCAGCUCCUUCGAUGUCCCUGAAUACCAGUCAUCCAGCAAUGGUUCAGAGGGAUCCACUGUGUUAGAUGCCUUGACGCCAGCAUCCAGCCCCUCAUCAGUUGUUUACGGCUUUACAACGGGCCAAGAGGAGUUCUCGUCGUCCACGUCAUCGCUCAGUUUGGAGUGUCGAGUGUGUGCCGACCGCGCCUCGGGCUACCACUACGGAGUCCACGCCUGCGAGGGCUGCAAGGGGUUUUUUCGGCGGACCAUCCGCCUAAAGCUGGAGUAUGACAAAUGUGAACGCCGAUGCAAGAUCCAGAAGAAGAACCGCAACAAGUGCCAAUACUGCCGCUUCCAGAAGUGCCUGUCAGUGGGCAUGUCCCACAAUGCCAUCCGUUUUGGUCGGAUGCCCCAGUCGGAGAAGCUGAAGCUGAAAGCAGAGAUGGUGACGGGGGACAAAGAGGUGGAAGACCCUCAGUUAGCCGACCAGAAAACCCUGGCCAGGCAGAUCUGUGAGGCCUACAUCAAGAACUUCAACAUGAACAAGGCCAAGGCUCGAACCAUUCUUACUGGCAAGACCAGCAACCCUCCAUUCGUCAUCCAUGACAUGGAGACUCUACAGCUGGCCGAGCAGACUCUGGUGGCUAAGAUGGUCAGCUCUGCUGGAUCACUGAAGGACAGGGAAGCAGAGGUUCGCAUUUUUCACUGCUGCCAAUGCACGUCAGUGGAAACCGUUACAGAGCUCACCGAGUUUGCAAAGUCUGUCCCUGGGUUCUCAGACCUGGACCUCAAUGAUCAGGUGACUCUUUUAAAAUACGGCGUGCACGAGGCACUCUUUGCCAUGCUUGCCUCCAGUAUGAACAAGGAUGGGCUUCUGGUAGCGUACGGCGCAGGUUUCAUCACCCGGGAGUUCCUCAAAAGCCUGCGGCGUCCGUUCAGUGAUAUGAUGGAGCCAAAGUUCCAAUUUGCCAUGAAGUUUAAUGCGCUGGAGCUGGACGACAGUGACCUGGCUUUGUUUGUGGCUGCUAUCAUCUGCUGUGGAGACCGACCAGGCCUGGUGAAUGUGGCAUACAUCGAGCGCAUGCAGGAGAGCAUUGUGCAGGUGCUACAGCUCCAUCUGCUGACCAAUCGUCCAGAUGACACUUUCCUCUUCCCCAAGUUGCUGCAGAAACUCGCUGACCUCCGGCAACUUGUCACCGAGCAUGCACAGCUGGUGCAAGAGAUCAAAAAGACAGAGGACACGUCGCUGCACCCACUCCUGCAGGAGAUCUAUAGAGACAUGUAUUGACCACUGUGGAGAAAUAACUGGGAGAGGCACUUUACAAACGUCUCGUUUUUUCAGGGACAGAAGAAAAAGAAGAGUUGAACCACUUAAACCAGCCUAAUACAGCAAGAGUGAGCUGUAAUCAGCACACCAGGUCCUGCGUAGGCCCGAGCAACAGGCUGAUUGAUGAUUCUCUGGUUUCAACACAGUGUUCUCCACUCUCUCGCGUGGAUCUUCCCAGUCAGAAAAGUCAUGUAAGACAAGUUUUUGACAUACAGCUGUAAAGAAACCACUGUAUGCAAUGUCUGACCAAACUCUUGGAUAAAAAAAGGCUAUAAUUUCAAAUCAAGCGAAAAAGGUGAACUUCAUAGUCUCUGACAGUAUCUGUUUGGUUUUUUUACUGAUGUCAAAGAGCAGAGAGCCACAUACCUCUGCAUUUAACAACACAGCAGCAUUAAGACAGCGAUGAUCAAGAUGUCAAGCAAGGCAGCUUCUGCCAAAUGAACUACCGAUAAAUGGUGGCUAUCCAUACAUGAGCGUCACACCUUUUUUUUAUA